UGCACAUUCUCGACUAUCUUACCUAAAGCAUACACCAAAUUGACCACAAGCCCGGUUCAUGUCAUUUCUGCCCUGAGUCGAGCCAUAUCUGGCCUAUUCAGUCCUUGAAGUCUGCUGCUGGAAGUGCAUAGACCAAGUAUCACAAGGCCACUCAAAAGUCACAGAUGAAGGCUGUCCUGCAGCGGGUUCUAUCUGGCUCCGUCACAGUCAAUGACCAAGUCGUUUCUUCAAUUGGUAAGGGCGUUUUAGUCCUGGCCGCCAUUGGUCCCAAUGACUCUCGAAAGGAUGCAGAGUCCAUGGCAGCCAAAAUUCUCAAAUUGAAAUUGUGGCCUGAUGAGCAAGACUCCAACUGGAAAAAGAGUGUCAAGGAUAUCCAAGGUGAAGUCCUAUGCGUCUCACAAUUUACCCUGUUUGCCUCGACCAAAAAAGGGAACAAGCCAGACUUCCAUGGAGCUGCCAAACCAGAAAUGGCAAAGGAGCUUUAUGACUAUUUCAUGGCCCAACUUCGUGCUCAAUAUCCACCAGAAAAGGUCAAGGACGGUGUGUUUCAGGCCAUGAUGCAAGUCAGUCUGGUCAACGAUGGUCCAGUCACUCUUGAAAUCGAUACAAACCCAGUCAAAAGUGGAGCAUCCAGUAGUACAGCACAAAGCACCAGAACGUCCACUCCUGCACCACCGGGGACCAGUACAUAG